AAAUAAACAACGUAUUCGUAGAGCUCCAUAGUCUUAUAAUUCGCCAAGCCCUUUCCCUUCCUCAGAGCGAGAUAGAGAGAAAUGGAGGAAACAAGGAAGCUUUUGGUGGAGAAGAUGACAAACGUGGAGGGAGUGGAAGAGCUCAAGAGGGGGGUGAUAGAUUUCUUAAAGGAGAAGUUUGUCCAAUUACUCCACCUCCUGGAUGAUUUUGGCCGGUUCUUCACCGAGAAAGUGGAUCAGCUCCUCCCGCCGGCGACCCGUGCCGAAACUCUGAACCGGUGGCUCCACGUCGGCCUCACUGUCGUCCUCCCCGUCGCCCUCUCCCUCCUCUUCCUUUACUACUGCUGCCGCUGCUGCUGCCGUGGCGGCGGCGCAGCUGGUCGGGCCGCCGGCAGGAUGAUGAAGGCCCCCGGGAGGGGUGGCCGCCUCAUGCCCCGGGCCUCCUUCGAGGGCAAUCCCCAGUCUUAUUUCCGAGACCUCCAUGCCGGCAAGGAUCUGGUCUAUUAAUUAAGUUGUACGUACGUAGUUAUAUACCUCCCGCCGUUUAUAGGAUGUGUGUUAUGUUGGUGUUGAAGUUGUGCGAUGGUUUAACUUUGGAUGCGGAACCUGUUAAAGUGUUGUUGUUGGUAUUAAGGAAUAAUGUUGCUUGGUUUUCCAUCUUCAGAUAAUAUUAUGAAGUAUUCUGUUUUCUCGA